AAUUCACACUCCUCUAUCUUUUCCCCUUAUUCUCUAUUUUGAUUCAUAUUUACAUACGUAUUCCUGUAAAUCUGCAUUUUGUUCAUAGCUCUUCUUCUCCAAGAUUCAUAACUUUAUUUAAUUACUUCUCCACUUUGGGAAUGGAGAAUUUUGGGGAAUGGGAUCAAAAGAAGCUGAAAAAUGAGCUGCUUAAAGGCAAGGAUUUAGCAAAGCAACUCCAAAUUCAUCUUAAUGUCAAACCAUCACCAUCACCAUCACCGUCAUCAUCAUCAUCCAUGGCUGCUUCUUCUUCUUCUUCUUCAUUUUCAAAUGAUGGUAGUGAAUAUUUAGUUCAAAAGAUUUUGUGUUCAUAUGAAAAGGCACUCUCUUUGCUCAACUCAAAUGGAAUCCAGAUAUCUGAAUCUUCUCCUUCCUCUCUUAAUGGAGGAAGUCCCAGAAGUGAAGAUUCUGACCGUGAAUUCAAGGACCCAUCUGAUCAAAUAAUUGCUAAUUCUUCUCGCAAAAGGAACAUUCUUCCAACUUGGACACAGAAAUUCCAAGUUAGUCCAGGGAUGGCCCUUGAAGGCUCUCUUGAUGAUGGCUUUUGCUGGAGAAAAUAUGGUCAAAAAGGCAUUCUUGGUGCCAAACAUCCAAGAGGAUAUUACAGAUGCACACACAGGAACCUCCAAAGUUGUCUUGCAUCCAAACAAGUUCAACGGUCCGACGACGAUUCAACCGUCUUCGAAAUCACGUACCGAGGAAAGCAUAGUUGCAGCCAAGUUUCCAACCUUAGUAUUCCAUCUACAACACCACCAGAGUUUCAAGGACAAAACCAGGGUGUAGUAGCAAUACCUGACCAAAAAAAGGUCCAAAACCAACAGACAUCACCUGAUGCUGUCUUGAACUCAUGGACAUCCUUAAGAGUGAUAACUCAAAACCUUGACACAACAACUCAUGAACCAACAUUAUCAUUUCAUUACGACGCGGCAGACCAUGUGGAGUCCGCGCCGACGCCAACGGUAGACAUCAACUUCGCCGAGUUUUCUCCUUGUUCUUCAUUUUUGUCACCAACAACAUCUGGUUCAGGGUUGAGCUAUUUCUCUGCCUCAUCAAGUGGGUUGAGUGAAGGAUUUGUUGGGAAUCAGAAGUUGAAUUUGCAGCCAAAUAAAUCUGAGAUUUUUUCCUCACCAACUUCAGCUUUAAACUCUCAAACUUCUGCUUUAGACUUCCCAUUUGGUGAAUUUCAAAUGGACCCAACUUUCACAUUUGACAACACAAAUUUCUUCUCCUAAAAUCUCCUUAGUUUUAGUAGAAUCAACAAAAAUGAUACUUUGAAAGCAUUUUAUCAGUCUUUUUUUUUUUUUUUUUGUUAGGGAAAAUUAAUUUUAUCAACAGCAGAUUUUCUUAAUUUUGUAGCUCUCCAUCAUGUUUUGACAAAUUUUCAUAGUUUUUUUUUUCCUGAUUCUUACCAUCUUUCAAGAUAUGUAAGUUUGUAUUUCUACAAAAAAUUGAGUAGUAAUACAUUUUAUAGAAUGAUAGAAUAAUCAUGAAUUUUAUGACAAUUAAAUUGGUUGAUAUUUAAUACUAAAGCUAAUUAUAAGGGAUUCCAAUUAUGAAAUAGGUUAAA